AUGUCCAGUCUCCCCAAGGCCCUGUGGGCACUGCUUGACGGUUUCCAACAGUAUUCCAGGAGGGAGGGUGACAGACACAAGCUGAAGAAGUUGGAAUUCAAGGAACUCACCAACAAAAAGCUCUCUGGGUUUUACAAAUGAGAACUCAAAGAGAAGGAGGUUGUGGACAAAGUCAUGGAAACACUGGACAACGACAGAGAUGGUGAAUGUGACUUCCAGAAGUUCAUGGCCUUUGCUGCCAUGGUUAUCACUCCCUGCUGCAAGCUGUUUGAACAACAAUGAGAUGGAGAAAG